AUGGUGUCUUCGCUGCUCUUGGGAGCUUUAAUGCUUCUACCAGGCAUUUCUGUUUCAGCAAAUGCCUGUGUCGAAAGGCCUCACGGAUAUUGCAAGCAGCUGGAUAUUCGGCUGCCUAUUACCGCAGAUACUGCCGUUUUUGACAUACCAAGAGUGGACAACGAUAUUGAAGCAGUAUCCUGGGCAAUUUACGAUGCCACCCGGACUACUAUACACGGCCCUGGUAAUAUCAUCAAGAAUACCACGACUUCUGAGACGUUCAAUAUCCAUGCUCAGCUGUGCAUUCCCAAGUCUACCAAGAAUGGAAAGCACAAUAUCUUGCAGAUCGCCACCCAUGGAGUGCACUACGACUCUAGAUACUGGGAUUCCGAGUACAAGCCGGAGAACCACUCCUACGUGGAAGCAGCACUUAAAGCAGGAUACUCCAUCUUCACGUAUGAUCGUCUGGGAGUCGGUCAAUCUGAUAAGCCGGAUGCAUACGACGUGGUCCAAGCACCUGUUGAGCUCGAAAUUCUCCGCCAAUUGACCCUGAUGGCACGCAAUGGUAGCCUGUAUGAGUUUGCGGCCCCGCAUAAGGUCGUCCACAUCGGACACAGUUUCGGCUCAUUCCUUACCUCGGCCUUCAUUGCCAGAUACGGGCCUCUUACUGAUGGAGCCAUCAUCACGGGCUACCUGUUCACCAAAGAACUUGCAAGCGCCGGCUCAACAUCGUUCAGCGUCGAAUAUGCCGCCACAGGAAACCCUCCUUUCAACCGAUCAAGCGGCUACGUAGUGGCCCAGAGAGAUGGUAUCCAAAACAUCUUCUUUGGUGGCAAUCCCAAAACCGCCUUCACACCGGAGUUGCUUGACUAUGGCAUUAGCAUCAAGCAGCCUGUCCCGAUCGGAGAGUUCGCCUCUGCCUUCUCGCUGCUUGGAAACCCCGGGCCAUCCUUCAGGGCCCCUGUGCAAUUCCUGUUGCCAGAGCUUGACUUUUACAUCUGCCGAGGCGAUUGCAGGGGUUUGGCCAACAUGACAGAGUUGAACGCGACUUACCCCCACGCUACGAAAAUCGAGGUGGCUCUUCAGCCCAACACUGGCCAUGCGCUGCCACUCCACAACAAUGCCACAGCAGGGUUCCAGCUUAUUUUCGACUUCUUUUCUAGGAAUGGGUUGUAA